CACGCAAACAGCUACCGACUCCACUUUACUGCGGCCUGCCGAAACCAAGCCUCCAGGCAACCUGCGGCCCGGCCGAACUUUCCACUCCCUCGGGUUCCAUCCCCAUGGCUACAAACACUGCCUGCAAGAGCACGCGCCGUGUCUAUUCGGCUGAAGAACUGCAUCGCCUGAGAAACACUCAAUCGCAGCCUAAGCUGUCUGAGUCCAUCGAGGAACACGAAGGGGAAGACGCGGAACUUGUCAAAGAGCACGUCCUACGUGGAUCAAAGUCGUUCACUGCUCGCUCGUUCCGCGGACGGCAAUCCACCAACAGCAGCCUCCGUGUGCCAUCGAGCAGAUCGAACAACGAGAACUCCUCCUUCACCACUCACGACACGUUUCACCAGCCGACCGUGAGUGCCCUUCCUCACCCAGCAGUUCUCGGCGAGAUCGCUUCGAACGGUCAGCUUCUCCGCGGCGGCAUCUUCAAGCCUGGCCGGUCCCCUACCCCUUCGCUGAAGAAAAAGGCUGUGGAAGCCAUUGUCAAAAACCACGGCUCUCCCAGCCACAUCCGCGUCACUGCUGGUGGUCGAAUUGUUCCAUCUGAGCAGUCGCCACUGUGCCAGCCCCGCUACGGCUACAGUGCGAUUCGAGUCAACGGAGGGCUUAUCAAAUUCGCGCCCAACCAGCGCUAUCACAGCCGGCCAGAGGAACUCAUCCAGCCCGUCAACCAGAACGGCAACGUCAUCCACGACAUGCAGGGCAACUUCUUUCAAAUCAUUGACAACACGCUCAUGCCACUGUCGAUGGCAGCCGACGGCACCGUCGCGUUGUACAGCGACGAUACUCCCAACCUCAAUUUCGCUGGGCGACCAACUUCACAGGGUCCAGCCGCGCCACGAUUUCACUCAUCCUCUCAGGUUGCUGGUGCCACAAGCAGUCCCAUCCCUGCUCCAGAUCCUUCAGUGCCAUCGCAGAUCAAAUCGCUGGAAGCUGAGCGCACCCGCUUGCAGGAAGAGUCGAAGGCCUUGGACCAGACCGAAGCCAAAUUCGGCAAAGACAUGUCCAGAGAGGAGAGGAACCGUCUGUUCGCGCGACGCAGGCAGCUUGUUGGCAUGUUGGACACGAUUCGCAAGUCUUUGAAUGCGCUGAACCGCCCAUCGGUCGCACUGGGUCGCGCUUCGCCACGCGCGCUGCAGGGUAGAGCUUCGGUAUCACCACCUGGCCGCGGACGUCUUCCUCCCUACUUCCAGGCGAACUCGGUCAACAACUCUGCCGCACCGCCAUACGCUCCUGCCUUUGGCCCCGCUCAGACGGCCUUUGGUGCUCCGUUAGUCCCAGCACCCUCCUCCGUGCAGGAAUACGGUGCCACGGCCUGGCCUUACGGCCCACCAAAUGCUUUUCCACAGCUGCCUCCUUUCGACGGAGCAAUGGCACCGCCACUUCAAGGUCUUGCUCCUGCAUUGUCACAGAGCAACAUGAUGGCACCGGUACCAGCCAACAUUCCCCAGAGUGACGGUGCUCAUUCAUUUUCGGAAUCUCGUGCCGAUGCGGCAGAGCGUUCACACGCCGUUCCCAUCACAGCGCCAAACUCUAAACUCAGCAACAACAUGAGGUCGAAGCUCAAUCCUACCAGUCCAGCUUACAAGCCGACUGCUUCGUCUGAUGGUUCCUGUGUCGAGCGUCGUGCGGGUGCCGCCCAAUCCCCUGGACACAAGCUGCCUGCUCUCCCAGAGAGUGUCUCGAAGUCAUCGACUGCGACUGAUGACACAAUCAGCCCAGUCAAGAAAGAUGCUCUCACGCACAGUUCGAGUGUCUCCAGCUUUGCAACUGCCGACUUCUUUCCACGCAAUCCUCGCGAACACUCGACACGCCAGCAUGUCUAUACCCAGUCCGGCAACAAGGAGAAUGAGGAUCCUGAGGAUGAUCAUGCCAACUUCAACACUCCCAGCCGCGAAGUCCAUCAGCCACGUCAUCCCGACACGAACGAGUCGCGCGCGCCCGUUGCUCCACCAGGUACUCCGGUGUACUACAGCGCAGCCGCCACACACGCACCGCAGCCAGCAAAGCUUGCAGAGCCUGCUCGUCAGCAAACCCGUUCGGGGGUUACUGAUCGGCAAAUGAACAACAUCAGCCCCAAAAACAAGCGGGACUAUCCUUUCGUGUAUGAGCAGCCAGGCAAGGCUGCUCACUAUCCUACGUCGUCGCCAACGGGCACAAACAAUUCCGCCGAAGACACUGGCGCUGUGAACUUGAAAGACAAGUCUCCUGAGUGGCUUGACGGUUAUACGUGUGGACUGCAACGUCGAAGCUUCCAACCGGAAUGUGGCAACGAUUGGUUGAACGGCUACUGUGAUGGCUUGAAGGCAUCUGCAUCACGUUCGAAGCCUGCUCGCUCCUCGGCGCCUUUCAGCGGCAGCCCGAUGAAGUCCAUCUCGCGCCGCCCCAGCCCGGCAGUCCCAUCGCGUUCUGCGAGCGCAUUGCAAUCGGCGCAGCACUCUAUGAACGCAUCGCGUCCUCCGUUCGAGACCAACACCAACAGCAUUGAUUGCCUCAAGCAAGCCAUCAUCGCACCACACAAUGAGAAUGCACUCCUGAUGUCAGGGGUCAACAGCUCGCAGUUCAAUGAUACCAUGCCGAACCUCGGCACCUGGGCCAAGAAGCAGCAGCAGAGCCGUCCCACGAUUGAGCUCCCAGGUCUUGGCCUCACUCUUCCGCAGCGUAACGCUACUGCGGAUCGUCAAGGCAUCAUGUCAGAGGGCAAUAAUGACAUCAAGAGCAAGAUUGCCAGCGAGCGUACAUCGGAGCACCUGCAGACCGCGAGACCAACGCUACCGGCCACACUCAGCACUGCGAGCAUUGCCUCUGGGAGUUUGGGCACUGGUGGUGGCAUGCCCACUCCUUCGAAUCGUGUCACCAGCUUGGGGAGUAUCGAGUCAAGCCUCUUCAACCAAUGGCCAGGGAAUCGCGUGAUGACACCGGGAGAGUGGAGAUCCGCCGGCACCUCCCAAAAUGCUGCACUCACGACUGGAUUCUUCGCUCAUGGGCAAUUUGAUGGUACGAUCGAUCCUCAGACCCUCCCGCACCGAGCCAGCCAGCUGACUGCCGGUGUUUCAGGAGCUCCGCAGCGAGUCACGAGCGACGUGCACACUCGCAUGUCUUCCGGUGGUCGGUUCAGAGAGGCGUCGCUCGAUGGAAUCACGAGCCCACCAACGUCCCCACGAGCAAUGUCCCCGGCUACGUCUCCAACUGGCACUCCAGCGCGCCGCGACAGCAAGAAGCACAGCCCCCGCAAGGGACCCUCGCCAACCAAGGGCAAGUUCGAGUCCUUGGCUGGCAAAGUCGGCAUCAAGGUCACCUCUCCCACGCCGUCUGAAGUCGGCGACGACAUGGUCGAGACGAACAGUCCUUCGGGCAAGCGUCAUUGGGGCGUACGCGACUGGAUCAAGGGCGGCAAGGGCAACAACGCCUAAGCCUGCCCACUCCACACAAUACUUCUCCUCCAUUGCGACAUCUUUCAGGAUAUACCGCAGUCCCUUUGGCUACCAUUAUGGUAUCUCAUCCGGAGCAGCAUCCGUCCUGAACUGGCCACAUCGAAUUCUCCGCACAGCAUUACCUUGUUUUUCACCCGACGCAAGCAUCGCAUAUCUCACCGCGUGGUCUGCGACCGGAUCACCGCAUCGUCUUUUCACAUUGUACUCAAACAUGCCUCACCAAUGAGGCGUCCUUGCACAGCUACGCCACGCUUAUCGCACAUUCCAGCGGGAUUGGGCUGGGCAUUCGAA